AUGGCAAUUCUUGAGUUUGAUAUUACAACCCGAUCUUCCAAGCGUCCUAGUGAUAGUUGUGAUGAGCGUCCUAGUAAGAGUAAGCGAGAGUUAAUGAGCUCCCAAAUGAAUGAUGCCUUACAAUCAAUGGCUAAGGCCGCUAAGGCUAGGAUAGAGGCAUCUAAAGCAAAGGCUGAGAGGUAUAAGAGGUAUACCAUUGAUGAAGUUAGUAGCAGUAUUGUGCCUACAAAUGACUUCUCCUUAGGCAAGUGCAUUAAUAUCCUUGAGACCAUGGAAGAAGUCAAUGAUGAAAUAUUUAUGAAGGUAAUAGCAAAUCGUUUUCAGCACUCAGCUGAGACAGUGGACAAGCAAUUUAAGGAAACUGUAAGAGCAAUAUGCUGCCUAGGAAAAUUCAUUCUAUGUCCUUCUCAAAGCAAUGAAGUGCAUCCACAUAUUGCUAACAAUACCAAAUUCUUUCCAUAUUUCAAGAAAUGUAUAGGUGCAAUUGAUGGAACAUAUAUCAGUGCAUGGGCUCUAGCAUCAAAGCUAGUCAGCUAUAGGAAUAGAAAGGCCACAAUCACCCAUAAUAUAAUGUGUGCAUGUGAUUUUGAUAUGAAGUUUACAUUUGUUUACACAGGUAGCUAUUAUUUAGUGGAUUCUGGUUAUCCAUGCACCUUGGGGUUUCUACCUCCGUAUCGUACUCAGAGAUACCAUCUACGAGACUUUCGAGGUGGGGAUCGUCCUGAAGGUGCCAAAGACCUAUUCAAUUAUAGACAUUCCUCUCUUCGUAAUGUAAUUGAAAGAUAUUUUGGCGUUUUGAAGGCACGAUUUCCGGUCUUAAAAAUGAUGCUUCGUUAUAAACCAUGUCGACAAGGGAAUGUGAUGAGAGCCUAUUGCACAAUUCAUAACUUCAUUCGAAUGGCAUCAAGAAAUGAUCGCUUGUUUACUCAAUUCAAUGUUGAUAACCUUACUGUUGAAGGUGAAGAUAGGGAUAAUUCGGGUGAGCCAUUGCACAUUGUUAACUUAACUAAUUAA